AUGCGCGUGCGCCGUUGCUAUGUCACUUCUCAGGAGAGAAUGGAGGCAGUGACCAAAGGAACGGGGUUCUGGCGCUGCCCCAAGCUGACCACUUACACUCCAGGAACCUGCGAGCUGCUCCGAGUGAUGAUGAAGGAAUCCAAACUGACUAAAUUCCAGCAGCGCCACAUUAUGGACACCAUGAAAAGAGGAGACUCUUUGCCAUUGCAGUGUGGCCCAAACUCCAGCCAGAGGGACUCCCCUUCCAAGCAGCCGGCCUCACCCAUCUACCUGCCUCCUAUCCUGACAGCCAGGUCCCACCUCCGGCCUGCCAGCAUGUGCCAAGCCAAUGGGGCCUACAGGCGGGAGCAGUUCAAGCCUCAAGUCACCAGAGAUCUGGAGAAGGAGAAACGAAGACUCCAAAAUAUCUUUGCCACUGGGAAGGACCCAGAGAAAUGGAAAAGAAAGGCCCCUCCUGCGCGAAAGGUGGACCCAGCCCCCGAGCUAGACCGGUUUGAAGAGCUGGUGAAGGAAAUUCAGGAAAGGAAAGAAUUCCUGGCCGACAUGGAGGCCCUGGGACAGGGCAAGCAGUACCGAGCAGUCAUCCUUGCUGAAAUCUCCCAGAAGCUACGGGAAAUGGAAGUCAUUGACCACAAGAGGAGCAACGAGCUUGGGAAGGCUCUUGCCACCACUAAACCCAAAAUGGAAAUGGAAGUCAUUGACCACAAGAGGAGCAACGAGCUUGGGAAGGCUCUUGCCACCACUAAACCCAUCUCCAGAGACGGGGCAGGGUAGCCCAAC